AUGGCGGAGCGGAAGCCGGAAGGCGCAUCCCGAACAGAGCUGUCGCAAGGGUCCAUUUGUCCUGACACCAGGCGACUCUCCAACACCUACUACCUGGCCCCAACACUCACGAUACAGCAGGAACUACAGUGCUGCAACGAUGCCUAUCUGCGCAUCCAAGACAGGCAGACUCCAAUCACGGCGAUGACGACGGCCGGCCAACUGGGCGCCUGGCGCGACCGGACGAACUUGUACAUAUCCUACCGGCAAUCUUACUCGCACCACCCUGCCGCGCGCAAGCCCUCCUACAACAAUGCCGGCUUCCGCGAUGAUCCCACGAGCGAGCGCGCCGGCCUCAUGUCUAACCUCGAUAACGCAGACGGAGACGCUGUUAUCGAGAUGGACCUCCUACCUCCACGCUGGCUGGAUAUCCAGGAUGAGAUCACGACUCACCUCUCUACCAUAGCGUCCCUCAUGAAGCGCCUCGAUACUCUACACAGCAAGCACGUCCUCCCCGGUUUCGACGAUGAGAGUGUAAAGGCACGGGAAGAGCGAGAGAUUGAAUCUUUGACCUCAGAGAUCACACGUGGCUUCGGCGCUUGCCAGCGCGCCAUCAAGCGCGUCGAUAACAUGCUACGCACGCAACAACAGCAAGCCAAUAGCGGAGGAGGGAGUGGUGUGAGCAAAGCCGAAGCGACGAUGGCCAAGAACCUGCAGAUAUCCCUUGCCACGAGGGUUGGAGACGCUUCGACGCUGUUCCGCAAGAAGCAGUCUGCAUAUCUGCGCAAGCUGCGUUCGCUAGGUGGCAGUUCUACGCCUGACCUCUCCAACACUCGCUCCGGCACACCCACCUUGAUCCAGAAUCCGUACACGGACCCUGCACUUGCCGAACAAGCGGCUGAUGUUUCUUCUGCGCAAUCUACACUACAACAGACCUCUCAGAUUCGCCGAAGGACUGGCGUGCUAGAUGCAGCAAUCGAGCAGCGCGAACGAGAGAUCGAGAAGAUCGCUCAAGGCGUUAUCGACCUCAGCACUAUUUUCCAGGAGCUGAACAGUAUGGUGAUCGACCAAGGCAGCUUACUGGACCGGAUCGACUACAACGUCGAGAGGACAGCCGAGCACGUGAAAGCAGCCGAGAAGGAGUUGACGGUCGCUACGCGGUACCAGAAGAAAGGGACGAAGAGGCUGGUGAUUCUGUUGUUGAUCUUGCUUGUGGUUGGCAUGUUCAUCCUGCUGUUGGUGAAGCCGAAGAAGAAGGAUGUGGUGAUGGCUCCAGGCGCACCGAACCCGCCUGGGGAUGGCCUUCCGCCUACCGCGAAGGUAGUGAGAGCGGAUGAAGGGGUUGGCGGAGUGGAGCUAGGAGAAGCGGAGGAGCAAAGAAGACGAGCUGAAUGGAAGAGGAGACGGCGAAGGGGAAGGGAUGCUCGAGGUUCUUCUUUCAUGCCUGUUUGA